AUGGAUUGCCAGCACUGUGGUGAGCACUUGACCGACAAGGUCGAGUUCGAUGAACAUGUGAAUCAUCACACCAAUGUACAAACAGCACUUAGCAGGGCCAAACAUAGGACAUUAGGCGCGGUUUAUAUCAGCGCAAAGAGCAAAGACAAUGCCGAAGGACUACGGGAGGCAUCUAGUAUCAACAACAAGAAAUCGGAAAGACCAGCCUCCCAUGAUGUUCCCCCACUCUUAGGUCACUCAGAAAACUGGGCAGCAAGAACAACCGAGGCCACUGGUGGACUACAAAGGAUUUUAGAGUCAUAUCCUGUCGUUCCAUACAGUGCAAAUGGUCCACAACUUGACGGUCCAAUGACCACAGCCUCUGAUGUUUCAUGCAAACAUUGCCCGGCGAUCUUCUCGAAUAGUGAUGAUCUGACCGACCACUAUUUGUCUAAAUACUGCCCUGGUAUAUCAAUAAUCGUCCAUCUUAUGAUCUAUGAUAGGAAGUGUGAAAUAUGCUUCGAGACAGAGAAAAAAGCAGACGAACAUGAAGGGAACCAUCUAAGUGAAGAUGCUAAGUGUCUGCAUUGUGCCAAGAUAUUUACGACAUCGCAUGAGUUGGAGCAACACUAUGAUUUCCAUGAUGACAUGGAAUUCCGACAUACGCGAGAUAGGUUGCGAACCGGGGAGCCGUACUGCGACGACGGCGACCGCAGCUUCCUCGAACAGCCUGGAGUUGAACGUCUCGCAGUCCCAUCUACCAAUAAAGAAAGCAAGUUAACCCUACGGAGUCCAUACGAAGAUGGAGAUUUGAUCGCAAUCAGCUUCAUCAGCGGCGAAGAUCUCGAGCGCGUACACGCGCCGCGAGGGGUUCUAAAAGAGCCCUCUCCAUACUAUUAUUACAUUCCUGCACACCUCGACCCGGAUCACGAACCGGGAUCCGUUAGCUACUACAAUGGCGAACUAUGUGUCACUGCAGGAAGAAUCGAAAGUUUUCUUCCAGGCGAUCAGGACCACGACCUUCCAGCUUCGCAAGCGGCAAUCCCAGAUGUACCAAAGCCCACGUCAGGUGCAACAAGUCCCGUGCUGAAGACUUCGGGCAUCUUCUGUCGCAUCCGCCGUCUCUUUCACCGCGUCUUUGGUUUAGGAAAGGGCAAGGCGGCCGACAACCAAGAAAGGUCCAGUACGCUUACGGAGUUCAACCCCCCUAGCAGACAACAGACAGACAUCAGUGCCAUUCUGUACCGACAAUCCUCAAGCGCCAACGAAGGAACACCCAAACCAACUCAAGCUCAAGAUCGAAACAAAUUCAGUACAUCGGAGAAAUGCCCUAAAGCUUGUCGCAUUUCGGUGCACGGGCAUGGUAUACCCGGUAGGAUGUUCAUCACCGAUGAAUCCAACCGCACCAUAGUCGUCACCGGCCAUCUAAUAGGGAAUAUUCUAAGACGUAUCGUUGACUACGGGGAUACGGGCAAGUGGAGGGCAAAAGCGGCCGGGCUGCUAGUCAAUGCAAAUGCUAGCAAAGAACAGGGCGACGCAGCCAAGGCCAUAAAUAAUUGGAUCGAGGCCCUCUCUAUCUUCCAUGAGAACCCGGAACUCGACCCCGACGGCACCUUUGAGCUCGUCGUGCUCUGGGAGGUCGCCAAAUGUCUCAACGACCUGCAACGGGCCCUGGACGCAGAGGAAUACUUCCUCGCCACCAUCAAACUCUCGGAGAGGAAGUUCGGCCGCGAGUCCCCUAACAGCUACAACUGUAUCAACUGCCUAGGCGUGCUGUAUGAGAAGCUCGGCCGCAUCGGUGAAGCGGCUGCCAUGUACCAGCGGUCGAUCGCAGGGCGCGCGAAGGUCCUGGGCGAGCUACACUGGGACACGGCGAUGUCUCUGCAAGAGCUCGGUAUGAUCCACCUGCGUCUGAACAACUACGCGGCGGCGCGGCCGCUGCUUGAAAAGUCGCUCCGCGGGUUCGAGAAUGAUGAAGGCCCGCAUGAGAAUUUCACGCUGAUUGUGAUGACGAAUCUCUGCAACGUCUACCAGGCAUUAGGUAUGAUCAUCGAGCUGCGGCAGAUCGUGGACCAGCUAGUCCCCAUGGCGCUCCUGAAAUUAGGUCCUGAGCAUUUGAUCACUGGAGCGGCGACGCGCAAGUAUGUUGAGUGUUAUGGCAGAGAAAAUCUUCCCCCGGGGCUCAUCCAAAGAUACAGAGACAUCUACAAAGGGACUGGAUCAGAAGUUGCACGAUGGGUUCUCGAACUGUGUUGAAAAGCGAUGAUGAUGCAUGCUGUUGUCGUUUUCAUAUACGCAGAGUGAAUCCUGGUACCGCCCAUGUUGAUAGCGCUAUAUCGAUGGGGGCUACAAUCGAGGACAUAAGCCCCGAUAUUGACUAGUACUAAUGU